AUGUCUCCAUAUCAGGCUGUUUUUGGAAAACCUCCAAUUAUGAUACCCUUUUACCCGAGGGGAAUGAUUAAGUUAGAAGCUAUUGAUACAAUGCUGCAACAGAGGAAUGAGAUUUUAGCUCAACUCAAACUCCAUCUUCAAAGGGCUCAGAACCGUAUGAAGGUUCAGUUUGAUAAGCACCACAAAGAACAUUCCUUCAAUAUAGGAGAUCAAGACCGGGCCCGUUUACAACCGUAUAGGCAAGUGACAGUUGAGAGGAGAGCCAACCAUAAACUUGCUAAGAGAUUCUUCGGUUCUUUUGAAUUUCUCAGGAGGUUGGGAGCCACUGCAUAUGAACUGAAAUUGCCUUCAGGGAGUCAAAUUCAUCCUGUGUUUCAUGUAUCACAAUUGAAACCUUGUGUGGGCCCUUUGCCAAUUGUGCCAAAUCCACUGCCUUCAUCAACGGUUGAUAACCGUCCUGUUCAAGUACCAGUAGCCAUCUUGGGCAUGCGUCAUGUAUCUUGCCACGGGAGUCUUUGGUGCAAUGGUCAAAUUCGAUUCCUGAAGAUUCCUCGUGGGAGAAAGAACAGGAUUUGCAUCACUAUUACCCAUCUCUUGACCUUGAGGACAAGGUCAUUGUUGAAGGAGAGGGAAAUGUUAGGCUUAGAAGAUCGAAUAGGGACAAAAAGCAUUCUACUAGACUAG